AUGCCGCAUAGAAAAGACUUCCUCUCUUGGGCUAUUAUCGUUAUUGGUUAUUUGGAUAACUCUUAUUAUGAAGAGGCUAUCAUUUUGUUCAUUGAAAUGAUAUCACAGAACAAUAUUUGUGAUAUCAUAUCUGAAUUUCCUUCUUGUGUUGUUGUCAUAGUUUGCAUUUUCAAGGCAUGCGUCUAUAGUCUGAAUAUGGGAAUAGGGACGCAAAUACAUGGGUUUUUGCUAAAAUUAGGUGUUACUGAUGAUUAUUCUGUUAAUGUUUCUUUGAUGAACUUCUAUGGGAAAUUUGGGUGUUUAGAAAGCUCUAACUCUAUAUUUAAUCAGCUUUGCCAUCGUAGCACAGUUAUUUGGACGGCUAAGAUAGUGAACAAUUGUAGAGAAGGGUAUUUCAAUGCGGUAAUCAAGGACUUCAUGGAAAUUGGGAGGAGUGGAGUGAGGAGGAAUAGUUUUACUUUUUCUAGUGUAUUGAAGGCAUGUGCUAGGAUGAAUGAUGAUGGACAUUGUGGUAAACAAGUUCAUGCCAUUGCCAUCAAACUUGGGGUGGAAUCAAAUGAUUUUGUGCAUUGUGGGUUGAUUGACAUGUACAGCAAAUGUGGGAUUGUUCGAGAUGCAAAAAGAGUAUUUGAUGUUAUUACUGACAAGGCAAAAACUGCACAUUGGAAUGCCUUGCUUAUGGGCUAUGCGAAUGGGUUGUAUAUUGAGGCGUUUAAGUUUCUAUAUCAAAUGAAAGCAGUUGGGAUAGAGGUUAACAAAUCACUAGUUGAUCGUGUCCGGAUAGCCUGUGCUACUGAUACACUGGAAAACAGAACUGGUGAAAUGCAUACUUGAACUUGAGGUUGCUUAAUGAUUCUAAUAUGAACAUCAGCUGCUUCUCUAGACGUUUGUAUCUGUGGGGAUAGCCAUAAUUGAUUGACUGUACAGAUAAGUGUGGCAGCAAGCUGAGUGCACCUUUCAGGUAAUCUUUUUCCCGCUUCACCUUUGAUUGCCAAGUUUGUUCUCUUUCUCCUGCAAGGUUUGUACUUCGCUUGGUGGGAAGGCCU